AAAGCAAACCACACAAUAUUCUCUUCUCUCUCUUUGUUUCGCUGAUAGAGAGAGCCUCUCUCUUAGCAAUUUAGCUCGAGCGAGAAAUAAUCCUGAAGGAAGAAAAAGAAAAGAAGAACAUCUUUACUUUGUUCUUUGAUUUUCUUUAAAAAAAUUUGUAGAUGCGAAUAUCUUAAGAUUCAUCAACUGGUUAGGUCGAAAUCAAGAUAAAGAUUUGUGCGAAGAUCAACCAAGUUUUUGGGAUUUGGGAUCAGGACAGUGAUAAAAUCCGUCAGAUCUGUUUAUCUCCGCUACCCAAUUCUCGUUGAUUCGUCUUUUAACUAUGCUAAGUUAGUGUAUGAAUAUAGCGGCAUUUGGGUCGCUGACAUAUACUUUAAUGGAGCAAGGAUUCUUCAACAUCAUGAAACCAUUGAAGAAGAUGAAUACAAUUGAAUACUCCUAAGUUCAUCUUUGAAAUUAAAGCUUUUUUGUGGUGUGGUGUGGUGUGGAAAUCUCUUAUUUUUGAGAGCUCAUGGAGGAGAUGACUCCGGCAGUUGCAAUGACUCUGAGCUUAGCAGCUAACACCAUUUGUGAACCAUCGCCUGUGGAGAUCACUCAGCUUAAGAACGUUACUGAUGCAGCUGACUUGUUAUCUGAUCAAGAAAAUCAAAGCUUUUGCAACGGAGGGACUGAAUGCGCUACGGAAGAGGUAGGCGAACCGGAUUUGUUGAAAACUUUAUCCGAUACGAGAAGCGGGUCUUCUAAUGUUUUUGAUGAAGACGAGGUAUUGUCUGUUGUGGAGGAUAAUAGUGCUGUCAUAAGUGAGGGCUUGUUAGUUGUUGAUGCAGGCUCCGAAUUAAGCUUGUCUGAUACAGCUAUGGAAAUAGAUAAUGGGCGAGUGCUUGCAACAGCGAUUAUCGUAGGCGAAUCAAGCAUCGAGCAGGUUCCCACUGCGCAAGUACUUAUUGCGGGUGUGAAUCAGGAUACAAAUAGAGAAGAUGGUUCAGCUGUAACGGCUUCGGAGGUUGUCAUUCGAUUGCCAGAAGAAAAUAGUAAUCAUCUGGUGAAAGGGAGAAGUGUUUAUGAAUUAGAUUGUAUACCGCUUUGGGGCACGGUUUCCAUUCAAGGUAAUAGAUCUGAGAUGGAGGAUGCUUUUGCCGUGUUACCUCAUUUUCUGAAAUUACCCAUCAAAAUGCUAAUGGGGGACCAUGAGGGUAUGAGUCCAAGCCUCACACACCUCACAAGCCAUUUUUUCGGUGUUUAUGAUGGUCACGGAGGCCAUAAGGUUGCUGACUAUUGCCGAGAUAGACUCCAUUUUGCUUUGGCUGAAGAAAUAGAACGUAUAAAAGACGAAUUAUGCAAGAGGAACACAGGAGAGGGUAGGCAGGUCCAGUGGGAGAAAGUCUUCACUAGUUGUUUUCUAACCGUUGAUGGUGAGAUUGAAGGAAAAAUUGGCAGAGCUGUUGUUGGUUCUUCUGAUAAGGUUCUUGAGGCUGUUGCCUCUGAGACAGUAGGAUCAACUGCUGUUGUUGCUUUGGUUUGUUCAUCACACAUAGUAGUUUCUAACUGCGGUGAUUCAAGGGCGGUUUUAUUCCGUGGCAAAGAAGCCAUGCCCUUAUCAGUUGAUCACAAACCAGAUAGAGAGGAUGAAUACGCAAGAAUAGAAAAUGCUGGAGGCAAAGUCAUACAAUGGCAAGGCGCACGUGUUUUUGGUGUUCUCGCCAUGUCUAGGUCCAUCGGUGACAGAUAUCUGAAGCCAUAUGUGAUCCCAGAACCGGAAGUGACAUUCAUGCCUCGGUCAAGAGAAGACGAGUGUCUGAUACUAGCCAGUGACGGUCUUUGGGAUGUAAUGAACAACCAAGAAGUUUGCGAAAUAGCAAGGAGACGGAUCUUGAUGUGGCACAAAAAGAAUGGAGCACUGCCUCUAGCAGAGAGAGGCAAAGGAACAGACCCAGCUUGCCAAGCCGCGGCUGACUACCUCUCAAUGCUUGCUCUACAAAAAGGAAGUAAAGACAACAUCUCCAUCAUUGUGAUUGACUUGAAAGCUCAAAGAAAGUUCAAGACCAGAACCUGAAGCUUAAUUACAAACAGUACGCUUACUUACUUUUUUUUAGUGGGGGUAAGUUUCGAUUUUUCGUAUAUUUUAGAUCGUUACGGAUCUAAUUUCGACAGGUUUUUACAUAUUAAUUACUCAAUAUUGUUAGAGGGAAGGAAAAAAAAAGAAAAAAAAAAUGGAAAUGCGGGUUGGGGGAGGAGAAGUAAAGACUGGAGAUUAAGAAGAUGAUGCAUAGCUAAUUAUAUAAGUUCAUUCCUGUUUUUUCUCAUGGAACUUGGAAUUCGUAUGUAUAAGAAGUAGUCAAAGAAAUGCUUUUUUUUUUGGGUAUUGAAGUAGCUGAAUGAAUAUGUUGUAAUAGUUUGAGAGAUGUGGCAGAUGAAAUUGUAAUUGAAACUAUGUCACAUUAACCUUCUUGCAUUUCUCUUUUCUUUUUA